UCCUCCUCUCAUCUGCAACCCAUCAUACUCACCACCACUCUACCCAUCCGUCCAGAAAGGAAAGCUCUCCAUAAAUUGCUCCGAUUUACAGUUUGCUGAGCAAUAGUGGGCAUGCCACGCUGCGACCGAAACAAGGAUUCGAGGAGAACAUGGAAAAAUUGCCUUCACUUUUACAAAUGCACUUUAUAUUUAUUCAUCUUUAGUCUGGAACUAAACGUCAGCGUUUCAGAGCCUGUGAAUGGUGAUGUGUUUGUGUUCUUCCUCGAGGGGGCUCAGGGCUGUCUAGGGGUGCAGGAUCAAUCCCUGUCCCUGUCCGAGACCUGUGAGGAUGACGCCCAGAAGUGGAAGUGGGUGACCCGGGGCCGGCUCUUCAACCUAGGCUCCUCUCUGUGCCUGGGCAUGACAACAGGCAACUACAGCUCCAGGGAGGACGUCUCACCGAUGGGCGUCUACCCCUGUGACAGAGAGCCUCCCGGGAUCCGCUGGACCUGGUACUGUGCCCAGGUGUUGGACAACCUCAACAUGUACCUGCCGUCACCCUCGCACCCUGUUAACCCCUCCGCUAACUCCUCAGUGGUGUUCUCGGAUGUCAAGCCCCCACAGGAGGAGCUCAAGUGGAGGCUCUUUGGGGACGAUCAGGAUCUUUGUUCUAGGACCUAUCGUGAGAUCUAUACUAUCCAGGGGAACUCUCGCGGUCAGCCCUGCUACUUGCCCUUCAUGUACGAUGGCCAGUGGUUCCACAACUGCACCAGUAUUGGCAGAGAGGACGGUCACCUGUGGUGUGCCACCACCUUCGACUAUCGCAAGGACGAACUCUGGGGCUUCUGUCCUGUUAAGAGCAAUGACUGUGAGACGUUCUGGGACACAGACCCCCUGACAGACAGCUGCUACCAGUUCAACUUCCAGGCCACUCUGUCAUGGAGCGAGGCUCGCAUCAGCUGCCAACAGCAGGGGGCAGACCUGCUCAGUAUCACCAAGCUGCAUGAGCAGACCUAUAUUAACGGUUUGCUGACUGGUUACAGUGCUGCUCUGUGGAUCGGUCUGAAUGACCUGGACAUCACCGGAGGCUGGCAGUGGGGUGACUCCUCCCCACUCAAAUACCUCAACUGGGAGAACGACCAGCCGAGCCAUGUGGAGGAGGUGAACUGUGCGGUGAUCAGGACAGAGUCGUCUGGCCGCUGGCAGAACAGAGACUGCUCUGUAGCCCUUCCCUACGUCUGUAAGAAGAGGCCCAAUGCCACCCUGGACCCCUUCACCACCGACUCGUGGGCGGAUGAUGAGAAGUAUGAGUGCGAUGUGGGCUGGCAGGCGUUCCAGGCAGGCUGCUACAGACUGACGUCGGAGAAGGUGGACUGGGACGCUGCUCAGAAAACCUGUCAGAAAAUGGAGGCCAACCUGGUCAGCCUCCACACCCUGCCUGAACUAGAGUUCAUCAUCAACAACAUCAAGCGAGAUGUGGAGGAGCUGUGGAUUGGUCUCCAUGACACGGCUAUGCAGAUGGACUUCCAGUGGACAGACCACACGCCCGUCAUCUUCACUUACUGGCACCCCUUUGAGCCUAACAACUUCCAAAACACCCCCGAGGACUGUGUCACCAUCUGGGGACCCGAAGGCCGCUGGAAUGACAGUCCCUGUAACCAGACCCUGCCGUCCAUCUGUAAGAAAGCAGCCCAGAAGACUGACGGACAGGCACAGGACCACGGGUGCAAACCAGGCUGGAGAUGGCACAGUCCGGCCUGCUACUGGGUCGGAGAGGAGAAGGUGGCCUUCGAGGAGGGCAGGAAGGCCUGCGCUGGCAGCGGAGCUACCCUCAUCACCAUCACCAAUAGGUUUGAGCAGGCAUUUGUCAACAGUCUGGUGUUUGGCCGUUCUGGGGAUUCAUUCUGGAUAGCACUGCUUGACCAGAACAGCCCCGGAAAAUUCCACUGGCUCAGUGGGGAUGAAGUGGCCUAUACCAACUGGAACAGAGACCAGCCAGGAGGAAACAUCAAAGGGGGCUGUGUAACCAUGGAGACGGGCUCCGCCACAGGCCUAUGGGAGGUGAAGGACUGUGCGUCGGCCCGGGCUAAGUUCAUCUGUAGACUGAACCAGGACACGUCCCUCAGCCCUGAGCCCCCAGCCCCGCACCCCACCCCCAGCCUCACUGGAUCCUGCCCCAACGGGUGGAAGACAAACGGCAAGCUGCACCACUGCUACAAGGUCUUUGACUCGGCCCAGAUGGACCAGAAGCUGAGCUGGCUGCAGGCCCACCUAGCCUGUCAGAGACACCAUGGAGCCAACCUGCUGAGUGUCAGUGGCCCAGAGGAGGAGCACUUCAUACUGCAGAUACUACACGAAGCCUUUGGGGAGUCAGAGGACCAUGAGCAGCACUGGUUCUGGAUCGGGCUGAACCGCAGGAACCCCAUGGACAACGGUAGCUGGAAGUGGAGCGAUGGACUGGCUUAUACGUACCAGAACUUUGGGCGUUACUACUACAAUAUCCGUCAGUGUGCAGCAGCAGACCUGGGCACCAUGACCUGGCUGGCCAUGCACUGUGACUCUGAACUGGACUGGAUCUGCAAGAUCCCCAAAGGAAAAAUUGAUAAGGACCCAAACCCCACUGAAGCCCCCACUGCCAGUGAGUGGGUGGGCUUCCAGGAGGCAGAGUAUAAGUUCUUUGACCACCGGUCUACGUGGGACCAAGCCCAGAGGAUCUGCUCCUGGUUCGAUGCUUCUCUGGCUUCCAUCCACUCUUCUGCGGAGGAGGUUUUCCUUGCCAACACACUGCACAAGAUGACCAAGGUAGAGGGGGACCACUGGUGGGUGGGGCUUCAUACGUAUGAGAACGAUGGCCGUUUCCACUGGUCAGACCACUCUGUGCUCAACUAUGUGUCCUGGGCUCUCGGCAGGCCACACCCACUCAGCCGCGACCGCAAGUGUGUCCACAUGUCAGUCAGCAAAGCGGAGUGGGCAGAUCAGAAAUGCCACUCAGACCUGCCCUACGUCUGUAAGAGAGUGAAUGUCACAGGCACUAUCCCACCCACACCCUCCACCCCCCUGCCCAUCGCGGGCUGCCCCGAUGGCUGGGCCCCCUUCCUGCACAAGUGUUAUAAGGUGUUUGGUCAUGAGGAGAGCCAGAGGGCCAAAUGGUCAGGAGCCAGGCUCAUGUGUGAGUUUCAAGGAGGAGCCUUGGCUGUGGUGCCCAAUCACGUGGAGCAAGCCUUUGUCACCACUCUGCUGUCCAAUGUGAGUUUUGACCUGUGGGUGGGGUUGACGUCUAACUCUAAAGGCCACUUCCAGUGGGCUCGUCCUGGACUCCUCAGCUACACCAACUGGGCCUCUGGAGAACCCCUGGACAACAGUGGACCACUCCACAACAAGACUCCGGGGAACUGUGUGGUGAUGAUCCAUGGGAACCCAACAAAAAAUACGGGCAUGUGGGCAUCCCGGGACUGUGAGAUGGAGAACCAUGGCUACAUCUGCCAGAAGAAACAAGACCCAGCUCUGCCCCCUGGCGCUGCCCUCCUGCCCUCCUCCCUGUCCGGAGCCCUGGACCUGGGUGGAGUGUCGUACCGCAUAGUGAAGAAGCGCCUGGACUGGAUGGGGGCGCUGCAUGUGUGCGAGUCUCUGAACGGGACGUUGGCUUCAGUGAGAGACCCCUACCAACAGGCUUACCUCACCCUGCUGAUGAACAGCCUACACCUCCCAGCAUGGAUCGGCCUUUACAACUAUGGGGGACGGAGCUUCAGCUGGUUGGGCGAGGAGGACCUGAUUUACACUGCCUGGCGGGAUGGGGAGCCUAAUACACUGUCUGGAUGUGGUCACAUGACCACGGUGGGGCAGUGGACUAUGACCCCCUGUGACGCUAAACUGGACGCUGCCAUCUGUCAGAUUAAUACAGAGGAGGCUGUGGUGCACAAGUGGAGUUUCCCAGGACAGUGCCCUCACUCUCUGGGCGACUGGGCCUGGGUGCCUUUCAGGAACCACUGCUACUCCUUCAACCUGCAGAACCUCCGGCUGCAGACCGACGCCCACUCCUCCUGCAGGAAGGUGGGUGGCCAGCUGCUGUCGGUCCUGGAUGAAACAGAGAAUGGCUUUGUGUGGGAGCACAUCCAGGGCUACCAGGAGCAGGCCCACGGAGCCUGGCUGGGUAUGACCUUUAACUCCAAAGGGGGCAGUCUGAUGUGGUCUGAGAGUGCAGAGGUGAAGUUCACCAACUGGGAGGUGCAGGGCACCAACCUGAGCAUGCUGUUUCCCAACACCUGCUUCUGGAUCCAGAGCAACACAGGCCUUUGGAAACCAGGCACCUGCAAGAACCGCACACACGGAGUCAUCUGCAAACGGCCACGCAGUGCUGAGGCUUUGGCGGUACUCUGUAAGUAUGCUGAAGAGGACCACCUGCCCACUCUGAUUGUGAUCAUGGUGACGGGUCUGGUGUUGGUGAUCCUCAUCGCGGGCGUGAUCUACCUGUACCGCCGGCACCAGGCAGGCUCCCGGGGAUCUUACGAGGGGGCACGUUACAGCCGCACCAACUCCAACCCCUCCGAACAGGCCGAGAAGAACAUCCUGGUGUCUGACAUGGAGCUCAACGAGCAGCCGGAGUAGCACAGCCAACCAGGACUGGCCCCUCCCACCGGGGCAGGAGACACCUGGAAGUACCUAAUACUGUCUGACUGAUACACAUUCUGCUUCUACGUUUUAUGUCCCUGUUCUGUUCGGAAAGAUGUUGAAGAUGCUGAAGGUCUGUGCUGUGUAGAGCGCAGCAGAUGCCAAUCAAAUUCCCUUUAAACAGUCAUUCUCCAAUGUGGUUAAUAAUAUGCAAAUUACAAUAUGAACUGCUUUUCUUAGUAGUAUAGCAAUAAUGUUUCUAAUGUCAGUUUCACAUUUCAUUUCAAACACUUCCUGUUUUUGGUCGCUAUGUCUAAAAGGCAGAUGCCGAAAGCCAAAGACUAAUGCUUUGCACCAGUUCUUCCCUUGUCAGGAGACUCAGUAUCAUCCAAAUAUCAACACAACCUCCAUCGAGACCAUGACAGUAUUUACCUGAGGUUAACAUCAGGUUUGUUUUGUAUAUUUCCUUUUGGUUUGUUUGUGUGUUUUUUGUCCAGAGCAGCUGUAGUGAAUCUGUAGUGAAUCCUCCUUCUAAUUCUGGUUGUUGUGGUGAAGCUUUUGUUGUUGCCCGUCCCCUUCCCUCCCUCCCUUCUGUUCUGACUGACACGUCAGCAAAGACUGGUUGGAAAGCAAUACUUACUUCAGUGUGGAAGAGAAGAGGGCAGGGAUUUUAGAGAGACGAUUUUAGAGUGAUUUUAAAGAGUCCCUGGCCUGUUCACCACAACUGCACAUACAGCAGGAGAGAGAGAGGGGGAGGGGGCAGAGAUUUGACGUUGAUACAGGCUGAUACCGUCUUUUGUCGUCUUGGUACAGUGUAAUGGGGUAGAUAAGGGUAUUAUAUCUCAGUAUGUAACAUUCUAGAGGGUUUUAGAGGGUUUGUUUUAGUACUUUCUACCACCAUCAUGAGAAGAGCCAACAUGUAUUACUUAAAGUAACUGUCCAGUGUUUCCAGAUUUCUAUGAAAUAGGACCUAUAAUUAAUUACACUAUGAGUGAAAUAGUUUUCCUUCAAAUCAUUUUUAAUUAGGUGUGUUUAAAAGCAGCUUUUCUGUGUUGGAAUGGUGUGGGUGUACACCAAUAACAGAAUGGUGCGGGAGUGUACCGGUCAUUAAAAAUAUGAAUGCGAGUACACCGCUGAUUGGCCAGCCCAUCCUCCACAGGAGAAUAAAAUCAUCCUCUAUGAGGAAAUAGCAAGUGUUUUUUAGACAGUCUGUUUGAGAUACAGGUUUGAGGUGGGUUUUUUGAAGUAUUUCUUCUCCAAUUCAUGCUUUGACCACAAAUACGAAUAUAGGAUAAGUCAACAACAUUACUAGGUUAGGAGUUAACAGAAUGUGAACUUUUAAAAGUGAGAUUUUCACUAGACAGUUACUUUGUUGUUGUUGUUGAUCUUGUCUCAUCGCUGCAACUCCCCAAAGGGCUCAGGAGGGGCGAAGGUCGAGUCAUGCGUCUUCCGAUACAAACCACACUUUUCAACACCCACCCGCCAGCUGCACUGUUCAACUGAUGAGUGAAGUCAGCCUGCAGGCGCCUGGCCUGCCACAAGGAGUUGCUAGAGCGCGAUGAGCCAAGUAAAACACCCCCGGCCGAACCCCCCCCUAACCCGGACAACGCUGGGCCAAUUGUGCGCCGCCCUAUGGAACUCCCGGUCACGGACAGUUGUGACACAGCCUGGUAUCGCACCCAGGUCUGUAGUGGCACCUCAAGCACUGCACUGCAGUGCCUUAGAGCGCUGCGCCACUCGGGAGGCCCCUAGACAGUUACUUUAAGCAAAGGACAGUGCAUUCACUCCUUUGUUUAUGCAUUAUUACUAAGAUACUUUUCAAUUGUUUUUGUUUUAUUUCCUUCCUUUGGCUUUUGGAUUAGUAACAUGGUCUGAAGUAGGUGAACGUCAGUGUUCGUCUCAUGACUGGUACGGAUGGUUAGAUUUCCCAUGUUAAUGUCUGUGUUUGUUGGUGGUACGAUUACACACUGACCUGCAGCCAUGGAAAACAUACCCUAUAUAUACAAAAGUAUGUGGACACCCAUUCAAAUUAGUGGAUUCGGCUAUUUCAGCCACGCCCGUUGCUGACAGGUGUAUAAAAUCGAGCACACGGCCAUGCAAUCUCCAUAGACAAACAUUACCAGUAGAAUGGCCUUACUGGAAGAGCUCAGUGACUUUGAUGCCACCUUUCAAACAAGUUAGUUUGUCAAAUUUCUGCCCUGCUGGAGCUGCCCUGGUCAACUGUAAGUGCUGAUAGGGUGAAGUGGUAUACGCCAAGAGCAACAACGGCUCAGCCGCGAAGUCGUAGGCCACACAGGCUCACAGAACGGGACCGCCGAGUGCUGAAGCGCGUAUCGUGUAGAAAUAAAUCAUCUGUCCUUGGUUGCAACACUCACUCCUGAGUUCCAAAUUGCCUGUGGAAGCAACGUCAGCACAAGAACUGUUCGUCAGGAGCUUCAUGAAAAUGGGUUUCCAUGGCCGAGCAAGCCUAAGAUCACCAUGCUCAAUGCCAAGCGUCGGCUGGAGUGGUGUUUAGCUCGCCACCAUUGGACUCUGGAGCAGUGGAAACGCAUUCUCUGGAGUGAUGAAUCACGCUUUACCAUCUGGCAGUCCGACGGAAGAAUCUGGGCUUUGGCUGAUGCCAGCAAAAUGCUACCUGCCCGAAUGCAUAGUGCCAACUGUAAAGUUUGGUGGAGAAGGACUAACGGUCUGGGGCUGUUUUUAAUGGUUCGGGCUAAGCCCCUUAGUUCCAGUGAAGGGAAAUCUUAACGCUACAGUAUACAAUGACAUUCUAGACGAUUCUGUGCUUCCAACUUUGUGGCAACAGUUUGGGGAAGGCCCUUUCCUGUUUCAGCAUGACAAUGUCCCUGUGCACAAAGCGAGGUCCUGACCUCAACCUCAUCGAACACUUUUGGAAUGAAUUGGAACGCCGACUGCGAGCAACGCCUAAUUGCCCAACAUCAGUGCGCGACCUCACUAAUGGUCUUGUGGCUGAAUGGAAACAAGUCCCCGCAGCAAUGUUCCAACAUCUAGUCGAAAGCCUUCCCAGAAGAGUGGAGGCUGUUAUAGCAACAAAGGGGGGACCAACUCCAUAUUAAUUCCCAUUAUUUUGGAACAAGAUUUUCGAUGAACAGAUGUCCACAUACCUUUGGUCAUGUUGUGUAACUUAGGUCACCUGUAGGUCAUUCACUUGAAAAGUGACACAUCUGACAUGAGUCAACAUGUACAGUAGCAGUCAAAAGUUUGGACACACCUACUCAUUCCAGGGUUUUUCUUUAUUUUUUACUUUUUUCUACAUUGUAGAAUAAUAGUGAAGACAUCAAAACUAUGAAAUAGCAUACAGUAUUACAUUUCUGGAUGUUGCAACACACUUUUGUAUGUGGUAUGUUCCACAAGGUACUAGAGAACCUUACUUAAGGGCUACUCUCUAUAUCAAUGCAAAAUACAGCUAGGAAAACCAAAGAACUAGUUUGAAAAGAGAAAUGAUCCACCACACAAUUCAAAUAUUAAGAAAUCGAAAGAUCAACUCAUCCAUAUUCUUUCCCCUUGUCAUGUCUUAAACUUGUGUAGUACAUUAUUGGAAGGAGGAAAGUAAGGUUUCUAACAGGUCACAGCCAGAUUUAAUGCAGGGAAUCAACCAAAACCCUGACCUCUGGGUUCCCGUUUGAAUAGGAGGCAAAGACAGAUGUUUUCUUCCCCCUCAUAACAUUCCUCCUACAGUUCGCUCCUUCUCCUGACCAGAUUUCUGUCCUGCUCCGUGGAAUGCUUUGGAGAAGUUUUAGAUAGAAAACUCACUGGUGGGCCAGUGAGCCACGCUUCAAAACCAGCUCUUUUCUGCUCUGUAAAGCGGACGAAUGGGGCUGAGGAGAGGGGGGGGGAGGGAGGAUGGAGACGGAGGAGUGAGGGGGAUCGUGUGUGUGUUAUCGUCUCCAACUGUGGAAUGUUGAGUCGGCAUGAAGAGCUCAGUGGCAGGUCUGGAACCGAUCAGAGCAGAAGAGCUCAGGGCCGAAAGAGAAGGGCGAGAAAAUUGGAGAAAAGGGGAAAAAAUGAUGGAGGGAGAGAGAGACGUAUGUGGGAAGAAUGGGGCAGGGAGGGAGGAAUGGAGAUGAGAGAAGAGAAGUGAAAUGUCCUAGGUUCACCCUGCCUUCUAGUGGAGGGUUGCUGUAGCACCCUGCUUCCAAAUGACUGCAUAACUGGUUGUAAUGAAUUUGAGCUGCCUACAAGUUGGAGUUGCCUACUAAGUGAUGAUGUGAGUCUGGCCCUGAUGUACUACCCUUUCUGGGACUGACUAUGUGACUGUGGUGGGCUUUUUACAUUUGAGUCCCUGUGAAGAAAGGUUCAAAUAAGCACCUGUUUUGAUUUUUUAAAUAUUUGUUGUUUUUAUAUGAAAUGAAUAAAAUAUAUGUUGGCUAAA